CCUAUGUCACUCUUUUCACUCAACAGCCAUGUACACGGUGGACAAAAAUGUGCGAAUAAAAUGAAAAGAUAAUGCUACAGAAAAUACACAAAAUCAAAAAUCACUAGGUAUAUAUAUUAGGUCUCAUAAAAUUCACAAAGAAGCAUGCGCAUUAUACUUGGUUACAAAGUGUGCUCUAACCAAUCAAGCUCGGUGUGCGCAGAACAAAUGAAAAUUUGUUGUAUGAUGAGUAUGAUCCCUCGUUGAACAGAGUAUAGAUUGUCUAUCAGAUAAUUAUUGCGUUGCAUUGAAAACUGGCAUUAAAGUUAUGAGAAUCUGGUCAAUAUGAACUGGACCUUAUAUAAAGCCAAAAUACAAUUCGUGGUUUCUAAAGUGUCGAAAAAUUAGCGGAUAUUUCUGUCGUGGCGCAAGAUAGUUAGAGACAUGGAGAAGGUCGUGUUCGACAGGAGCGACGGAACAAGUGUCUGUGUACAAUAUGGCGGCGCCCGGGGCCUUAACUGUUGUGAAAAUCGCCAGGAAGUAGCCCGUAAACGGAAGCCGCGCGGUGUCGCAGCGAGCCGCGGAUCCCCGCUCCGAAGGAUGUGAUCCGAGGAAGAAGAAGAAGAAGGCCGAGUCCAGGCCAGAGGAGACUCUUUCUACACUGCCACGAGGAAUUUCGGAUUACCCAGCUUCCUCGGGCCAGUAUCGUGAUCCUCUUCGUGGUUACGCCGACGAUGGAGCCCAGGGAACGCUACCAAGAGCUUUGCAGACUUUGCGCAUCCUACGACGCCGUCAAGAUGGACAUCUUCGGUCAAGAGGGCAAGAACAGACAGCUAGUUGACAAGAUACAAGCUUGUCUACCGUUUAAGAUUGCUGAAAAUGAUCGAUUGCCAAAAUGCCUGUGUUACCGGUGUAUGUACAAUUUGGAAAAUUUCUACGACUUCAGAACAGCGUGUGUCAAUGCAGUUGCUCUCUUGGAAAGAUGUUUACCACCUUCGGAAUCGAAUGGAAAUAUUACAACCACCUUAACAUGUAACGAUUUACAGGUGUACAAAGGAAAAGAAAGUUUACCAAUUUUGAUUCCAGAAGCUCCUAUUGUAAAUCCAAAUGCUGCCUUAGGCACACCACCUAGAUUAAAUUCUGAUGGAGAGGCUGAUCAUGAGACAGAAGAAAUUGUUGAUAAUAGUGCCACAGAUGAAGCAACAAUGGUAGAUGAUGAGUUUGAGGAUCAUCGUUCAGAGGAAUAUGAAAUGGAUAUGGAAACAAAUCCGAGCGAUUUUUUAGAAAUGACUUCAAUGGUUACAGAAGAACCUGAAGAAUCUGUUAUAAGAUAUCAGGAACUUCCUAAUAAUUUACCAGAGCACACGUCUCAGCAACAUGAAGUUUACGUUUGUUCCUUAUGUAACAAGGCAUUUAGUUCGAAAGGUCAUUUAUCGUUACAUGCACGCAUUCAUGUAGGCGCCGGCGAUGUUAUUGGCGAAAAAGUGCUUACAGAUGAUCAUACAUCGUAUAAAAGACCCUACCAGUGUGAUCUUUGUCAUAAAUCAUAUUCAACUGCUAAACAUCGUUGGGGUCAUGUUUCUACAACUCAUAGAGGUCACCCAGCAGUGACAUGUGGUUAUUGUUCACGGAUCUACUCAACUCGAACAAAUUUAGAAGAACAUAUAAAAUCACGUCACGCUGGUCUUCUAGCACCCACGGGGGUUCCAGUCAGCAAUUCCUAUCGUCCAGAAAAUAGAUGUCAGUGCAAUGUUUGCGGGAAAGUAUGUACAGAUGCCAUGGAAUUGAAUCUCCAUGGUAGAAUUUGCACUGAAGUACAAAACUUGCCGGCAAGAAAUGAAAGUAGUGAGAAUAAAAUUGUUGAUAGUUCUGAAACAUCGAGUGUUGCUAGUGAUGAUGAUAGCAAAGAUUAUAGAACUGCAGAAGCUAAGUUAGCUAACAAUCCUCAGUUAACAAUUUUAAAACAGGCAUUAACGAAAGGAGAUAGUCUUAAACGAGACUUUGAAGACAAGUUCACAACAAAUUGUAAACCGAAAAAAUUACCGAAGACAGAUAACACAGAUACGCAAAAUAAUAAAAAAUGGUAUUGUGAAUUUUGUCCUCAGUCUUUCGCUUCAGUUGAGGAUUUCAAAGAGCAUGAAGCAAUUCAUGAUGCUAAUAAGCCUUUUAUCUGUAUUCUUUGUAACAAAGAUUUUGUUCUUAAGUCUUCCUUAAGCAAGCACAUUCAGAUGUUACAUGGUGUUGAUCCAUGUCCUAUAAUUGAAAGUGAUAAGUGUUUAAAAAAGGUGGUUUCCCAGAAUUGGAACGAGUCUAUAGAUCUUGAUAUAUACGAGGGUAAAGCUUCCGAAUUUCCUUUGUCAUCAGAGGCAAAUAUAGAAAAUGAGGAAGAAGAUCGGGAAAGUGGACAGGAGAACCUAAUCGAAAUUGAAACCGUAUUUGUUUGUGAAAUCUGUACUCGAGAUUUUAAUGAUCGCGCAUCUCUUUGGCUUCAUAUCCGAGCUACUCAUAAAGAAUUCGCAGCAUUUGCGUGCGGUGUUUGUCUAAAAAUUUGUGCAGACAAUACACAACUUCUAAAUCAUGUAAAUAUGUAUCAUGGCGGUUCGAAGUUAUUAUUAUCUGAACAAAGAAGAUACAGUUGUACUAUCUGUGGCAGGCAGCAUGAUUCCAGGAAAAAAUUAAUUGCACAUGUAUCUAUACAUAAUGUUGAUCCAAACUUCGAUCCUGCAAAUUUUGUACAGUUAAAUAGCAAUUACUAUGGAGAAAAUAUUAAUGGCAACGAAACAACAGAACAAAUGCUUGAUUAUGAAGAAGACGGAGACAAAGUGGACUGUUAUAUUUGUUAUAAAUCGUUUCCUAGUGAAGAUCAUUUAAUACGACAUCAAAGAAACGCACAUAGGUCUGAACAGCUAGUGCCAACAGGAGAUACUUUAAAUUCGUCGAGUUUAAAUGGGGGUGGAAAUAGAGCUCAGUACCAUCUCUUCUUUGUUUGUGAACUUUGUGGUAGUUCACAUCCUAGCAAAUGGGAACGUUGGUUGCACGUCAGUUCUUCUCAUAGUAAUGAAUCAGCUAUAAAAUGUGAUCGUGAAGAUUGUGGUAAAAUCUUCGCGACGAAAUCUCUAAGAAACGAUCACAUCCAACAUCAUGUGAUUCAAGGUUCUUCUCCCAACACGUGUGAAAUUUGUGGUAAACUUUGGGGCAGUAGAGUUGAUUACUGGAAACAUGUUAUGGGCGUUCACUCGGAUACCGUUCCAUUAAUUUGUGGAGUCUGUUUAAAAGUGUUCCCAAAUGUUUUACAACUGAGUACUCAUGUGAAAUCGAAACAUUGGCCAUUAACAAACGGCGACUUUAGUUGUGACAUUUGUGGAAGGCCAUAUUCGAAUAAAUCCAAAAUGUCCAGGCACAGAAAAAUUCACGGAUUUGAAGAGAUUUGUGAUAAUGUAGCCGAGAAUAAUGAAAAUAAAAUAGAUGGACAAAUCAGGGAAAGUGAAUUAAGUUGUGAACUUUGUGCAGACUUAAAAUUCUCUAAUUUAGAAAAAUUGUGUAAUCAUAGGCGAAUUGUUCAUGGACUUUUCCCUUGUGAUCUCUGCAACAAAUGUUAUGGAAGAACUUCCCACUUAUGGAAACAUGUGAAUAGAGUUCACAAAGGUCACGAAGACGUAACCUGUCCUUAUUGUUUGAAAACCAGUGCUUCCAAAGAUCAUUUGGCUGCACAUAUAUCCAAAAUUCAUAGAUACGAACCUGACUCUAGAAAAGACAGAAAAGACAGUAGACAAUUUAAAACUGAAGAAGUUAGUUUACAUUAUUGUGAGAAAUGUAAUAAAAGAUUUCAUAAACGGUAUCUGCUGCGCAGACAUAUGAAAGGGUGUCAGAAUUACAGAAAAGAUCCUGGGGCACUUUUAACAAGAUGCAGAGCUUGCGAACGAAUAUUUAAGGAUCGUGCUAGUCUACAAAAGCAUAUUGAGAAUCAUCAUAGUACAUACACUUGUCAUCUUUGCAACGAGACGAUCACUUCAAAAUUAGGAAUUAUGACGCAUAAUAGAGUGAAACAUAUGGAUCAUCCAGAUUUAACUUGUAAUUUUGGUUCCUGCAGGAAAUUAUUUAGAACUAAAGAAGAUUUAGAAGCUCAUAAGAAAGAUCAUAGGUAUCAUACAACGCCGAAUGUGUGUGAUUUCUGCGGUGACACAGUAGAGAAUAAACUCAAGUUAAAAAUGCAUGUACUGUCACUUCAUCGCAAUGAAAUUGGUGUGUCCUGCGGAGUUUGUUUAAUUCCAAUGAAGGAUCCAAAGGAGCUUAAGAGUCAUGUAGAAGAAGUUCAUUCCAGUGUUCUUUCGAGACCCAAUACCUGUCAAGUCUGUGGAAAGCAGUAUGCGUCAAAGUGGAAGGCUUUUGAUCAUACUAAAAAGUGUCAUGGAAAAGUGUUUAGGACUUGUAAGCAGUGUUUAGCUGUUUUCACUGAAGAUUCCGCGAUCAGAGAUCAUUAUGAAAGAGUGCAUAACAUUUCGAAAGACCAAUUUGCUGCAUUUGAAUAUAGGUUGGAUAUCGGUUCGAAAAAUGAAUUUGAGUUAGAAUCUGCCGAUGUAGUAGUUAAAGAUGAGCCAGAUGAUUUGGAGUAUGAUGUAGAUCUUUGUGAUGAGGAUUCUAAUGACUCAAAAAGAAGAAGAUCUUUAACAGACACAUUCGAUUGUGAAAUGUGUCCUGAGAUGUUCGUGAGCAGCGAUGCUCUUUCAAAACAUUAUCGUAAUAUGCACAAUACAGAUCCAGAAAGAAUGUUUAAAAGAUUAAAACAAGACGAACAGCGAAGAAUGCGCGGAAGAAUGAAUUUCUCUUGUAAAAAUUGCAAGAGACAAUUUUGCACAAAAACAUUGUAUUGGAGUCACGUUGCAAAUUGUAGAAGAAGUGCUUUACGAAAAGAAGAGGAAUUAUUACCCUUGCGUAAUAAUAUGUUAAAUGUUCGAGAAAACAUACUUGGAAGCGGGGAAGAGAUUUUGAAGAAUAAUCAUCAAAUUAAAAAAGAAGAGCCUACAACGAAUUUAAAUAUACCUGACUUCAAUCUUUUUGAGGAUAUAAAUCUUCAGUUAUCGGGCCAAAGACCUCUUCCAAAUCUAAUGCCACUGCCUCAGAGAACAAAAACCACAAUGAAAUGUUCAAGAAAGGAUUCCAGAAAGGUUUAUGACGAAUCAACGAAUACAGAAUGUACUUGUGAAGUUUGUGGAAAACAGUGGCCAGCAAAGAAACAUUUAUGGCAACACUUAAUUCGUUUCCAUCGAGCAGAAGCUGCUGUUACUUGCGGAGUGUGUUUGAAGCUCUGUAAAGAUUAUGAUGAUUUAACAAAUCAUUUAAAAGCUACACACGAAGCAAUUCUAUCAUGUGAAGGAAAUAACUUCACGUGUAAAACUUGUGGCAGGUAUCACAACGCUCGUAGUAAAUUGUUAUUGCACACAAGCAUUCAUCUUGGACAUUCGAGCAACAGUACUUGGUGUUCAAAAUGUAGGAAGAAUGUAACGGACGAAGCUGCUCAUUCAAAUAUCUGUUCAGGAAAGGUAGAAGAAGAAGAACAACAGCAAUUAAAGAAUGAUGAAAAGGCGGAAGGAAGCCUAAUAGCAGAUGAUGCUAUGAUUGAGGUAGAAGAAGGGGAUUAUGAAUCUGAAGCCGAAGAAGUGGAUACGGAAGAAUCAGACAGUGGUAGUAGUACCGAAGUUGAAGAAGAAAAUGAAUCAGAGGGUGAAUCGAGAGUCACUGGAGAAAUUACUUAUAACUCAGAAAGCGAAGAUUCUGAAGAACUAGAUAAUUUAGACAUCGAGGAAAAGAAUAUGCAACGUUAUACUUUGGAACGUCUUCAGGAAAACGAGAAUACAGAAACACGGAAGAACGUAGAUUUGUCAGAUGAUGAUGGACCUCCUGUUCUUAGUCCCAUGAUGCCUUUGCUUCGAGAAAAUAUCUCCGAAGAUCAAUCAAUGGGCCACAAAUUUGGUUCUGUAAUACCUCUAACAGAGAAGGAAAUAAAAGCAUGUGAUUUGUCAGAAAUUCGAAAUCGAUCUCCGAAGUCACUAAAUUUGUACGAAAAAGACUUACCUAAUAAUUCAACUUUAGACUUUGUGUCUAAAACAUUUAUGAAUCGAAGUGAUGAAGAUUUUCAAAAUGCGAAAGUUGAAUUUGAUGAGAAUUCUGUUGAAGAAAAUGACGAAGAGAAUGAUGAACACGAAGAAAAUGACGAGGAUAACGACGAACACGAAGAAAAUGAAGAAAAUGACGAACAUGAUGAAAACGAAGAAAAUGAGGAGAACGAAGAAAACGAUGAAAUUGAAGAUAGCAGGGAAAAUGAAGAAUAUGAAGAAAAUGAGGAGUACGAUGGAAACGAAGAAAUGUACGAAAAUGAAGAGAAUGAUUGCAAUGAAGAAGAAAGCGAGGGAAGCGAAGAAAAUGAAGAUAACGAAGAAGGAAACGAAGAAAUUGAAGAACAUGACGACGAUGAAGAGAACGAAGAAAGGGACGAUAAUGUGCAGCUGGAUGAUUUAGAGGGUGCUGUUUUGAUGGUGACUGAAGGAGAUCAAAUACUGAUUCAACAAGACAUACUGGAAGAUGAAAAUGAAAACUCGAAACAAGAAUAUGUUUAUUCUACGCUUAGGUAUAGUACAGAAGAAGAUAGUGACGAUGCAAGGAAAUGAGUGCCAAAUUGAGAUUAUUAUUUGAAGAAAUGUAAGGUGAGACAGAGUUAUUAGACAUUGUUUCGAUAAUUAAGAAUACGUGGAAAUGAAGUCAAUGAAAAUUGAAAUUGCUGGGAACCGAAUGUAAAAAGUUAAGAAAACAUAAAUAAUACUAAACACUAGUUAUAAAAUUGAUUAUAAAUUACGCGAGGUAAGAUAUUUUAUGAUAGUAACUAGUAUGAAGUACUAAAUAUUUGGAUAUCUUUAAAACCAAAUGUUUAAUUACCAAAUUAUUUAAGUUAAUUAAAGUAACUCGAAACAUGUCCACGUAUUCCUAAAAAAAAUAUAUUGAAAAUAAUCGAAGUUUGUAUCGUUUUAUUCUGUAUUUAAGAUACAGAAUUAUUACGUGAUAUGUACCUUGGAAUUAAUGAAAAUUCGUACAGACUACGCGGUAAUUUGUAAAUAUAUUAAGUUAAGUGCUAAAAUUAGCUUUCGCAAAGUUUACGAUAGGGACCGUCUUUUCAUUAUAUUUGGUAAAUGAAGUGAGAAACAUAAAAGUAUGAAACAAACAAGAAUUAGAGAAGUGCGGGUAGCCCGAUAUAUUGGGUAGAAUGGAUAUAACAAGACAGACAAGUUUAAGAAAAAUGAUAGGCUCGAAUAAACUCUCACGAUACACUAUUGAUUUAUAAAUUUGAAAUUUCCGACCUUUUGCGAUGCGACCCGAUUCUACCCGAUUCCAUAAUUGUAGAUAUUCGCACGUCCCUAAUGAAUAUUUACUUUGACAGUAAAUUUAAAAUCAAGCAAUGGAUAACAAAGAGCAAGAUUUAAAAUGGAUUGAAGAUGACCAAAAAACCAAUAUGAUAUAAUAAAAGAACGAUCCCUGAACUCUUAAGCAAUUUAUUUAAAUUUUUAUUAAUUUUGACUUCGUGGGCGCAAAUCCGAGAACACCUCAAAUUAAUUUGAGGUAAUUCGAUCGGUAUCGAUAUUUCACUUUCAAAAUCUUUUUUUCUAUAAAUUUUCUCCAACAAGAAAUAGUACAAAGAUAGCAAUAUGCAGAAUUUAUCAUAAUAUUAGAUAAAUAAUUAACAUUAUAAAAUUACAAAAAACUUUCAAAUUAUAUUCUAAGCGUAUCUUUUUAUAUCUCUUCGUUCCACGGAAAACCAUACUCAAUUCGCGCAACUCGGCUAACUUCAGUAAGCUCUACAUUACCACACGACUUUCGUUCUGUUGGUCAUAUACACGGUGAACAAAAAUAUGUGGAUAGAAAGAAGAGGUGAUGCAAGUAUACAGAAUAAAUCGUAGGUACAUUUAGUGUCACAAAUGUUAUAAAUUGUCUUCGAUCACGAAACAUUUCAAAUCAAUCAAAGAUGACAUGCGCAGACCGGAUGAAAACUUGUCAUCGAAUGAAUAUGGUCUUGCGUGAAACGGAGUUUAUACGUUUCAGGAAUCUAAUGAUGUAUUUGUUAUACUGUUAUACAUAUCUAUGUUGACGCUCUAUUCUUAUUAUAAUAAUUAUUAUAUUUACAUUAUUAUUUUUAUUAUUACCAAUUAUUUCGGUAUUAUAUUAAUAUCGAUUCGAUUGAAUGUACCGCGGGAAAUUUCGAAAUCAAAGGAUCAAGAAACAGAACUUAGUGUAUAUAGUAGUCGUAUAAGUGAUUUUAUGUACAGUUACGUUAUAUUAUACGAGACAAAAACAUAUUUGUAUGAGUGUAUGAAGAGAGCAUGAUUCCUAUGUGCGAGUAAGAAGAGAAAGAAAGGUUGGCUUCUAUUACUUUUUUACCAUCAUACAUUUAAAAGCUUAAGGAGAAACUGAUAAUCACUUCUAUUUUCCAAUGAAACUGUACAAUAGUCUAAUACUUUAUGAAAAAUUUUCGAUAAUAAAACACCAAAUUAAAAUCCUUUUUUAAUACAUUGAACAUACUCGCCAUAUUUGAUUAAAGUUAACUCAGUUUCUCUCAAAUUGAUCGUUUCGUUCCGUUGUAACCUUAGAAGUCUUAGAGUACGCAUAUAACCUAGUACAGUAAGUGACACUUUCUUUUAACCACGCUAAUUUUAUUUGAAUUUUGCAUUAUCCCAGUACUGUUAAUAACAUUUUUCAAAAAAAAAGGAAACAAAUCAAAAUGUAAUUUCCAUUUAUCUUCUGACAUGUUAUCGAUGGUACUUCUUUUAUUUUCCUUUCGUUUCGUUUAUUAUUUAUUGGGGCAUUCGCUUCCGUUCCAAGCGUGUUAGUGCAUAAGAAAUGAAAAUAGCGAUUCGCAUUUAACGUUUGUAACGAUUACAAUAAAAAUUACUAAGUUGAUUAA